AUGCAGGACAUGGACGCACAAGGGCGGGCGGCAGCCCGGGAGUGGGAGCUUUCGGAGCGCGGUGGGAAGGAGGCACAAGAUCGAUUGACGUAUUUAAAAAAUGCGGUCUAUCGCUACCUCCGGUCCCCGCCAGAGGCAGGAAGCGAACGCGCUGCCCUCGUGCCG